GCGCUCAUGGCAUGGGAGAAGAGACUUCGCUCAGUCUGCUGAGACUCUCUGAAGCUGACUUCAUGGCUUGUAUUCCCUCUGGACUGAAUGUACGCCCCCACGCGAGCUCGGCAUCCAAAGCCGAACGCCAUGUGGCCCUCGCCCCAGCCUCCUGUCGAUCGCAGGCUGCUUUUCCCUCACGCGCCCUCGACCGAGGCGCGUCCUAUCGUCGAGCGGUUGCCUUUUUCCCCUUUCCUCCUUCAUACACGUCUUUUCCACUCGAUUCCCUUUCCUCCGCCUCCCCAUUGCACCCCCAUCGACCGAUUCUGAAUCAUGUCCCGCCGCGUGCACCUGUGGCAAUUCCCUUACGAUGCCCUGCUCGAGCGGUACAUGACCUCGACCGCGCACUAUACCCGCGUGCUCGAGCGCACUUCCGAGCGCGACGGAGAUACAUUCGAGAUGCGCGACGCCGGGGACGGUUACCAGUGUCGCACGAUAAUCAACCGUCAUCCAAGCUGCACCUGCCCGGAUAACUUUAGACCGUGCAUGCACCUAAUCCAUGUAUUCCUGCACAUACUCGGAGUACCCGCGAUGUACGAUGUCUGGUACCAGCCCGAGCUCGACGAUCAUACCUUGGAAAGCCUGCUGAGGCAUCCCAUCGGUGACAGAAGUGCCCGCACAUCUCGGCCCUCCUUUCCUAUGCAAGACUUUGCCUCCCCCGACUCCAUAUACCCCGACCACGAUUUCUUCUCCGCGCCCAUGCAGGGUCCUCAGUUCACUGGCCCGCGCAUCAGCACUGUGGGCCAAAACUCCUCCCGACGACGCCCGAGUUCAUCCUUUGACCAUGCGGGUUCAUCCAUGCACCGUCCGGGCGCGUCUCUAGACCUUCCGCGCUCCUCGCUCGACCUUCCGCGCUCCUCCCUCGACCUCCCGCGCUCCUCUCUCGACCGUCCCAGCACAUCCUUUGACACUCCCCGCUCCUCCUUCGAUCACCCAAACUCCUUCGACCGCCCAAACUCAUCGUUGCACCGCCCAAGCACAUCCUUCGACUUCUCGCCCUGGAACAUCGACGACGCGGACGUAGGCGACGCUCUCCUACAAGGCCCAUGCGCUAGCAUCGGGCAGUACAGGGCAGGGAUACGGCAGCUUAACAUCAAUGGGGCGUCUCUGGACCUCAACAAGUCUCAACUCGAGGAGCUGAGGAGAGCGUCUCUCGACGACCUCCAUCAGACGUCAGUAGACUUAACAAGCUCGUCGGCGCUGGAAGGCUUGCAAAGCACAUCAGCCCUGACCCUCGACUCGCCGCAGAGCCUGUUCGAGCAGUGGUCGCCCACCGUGUUGACGCCUACGGGCACAGGACCGGAGGUGUCCACGAACUCUUCCGGCGUGUCCCCAAAGUCUUCUGGCGGGUCACCGAACGUGUUGCUGGGUGACUGCGGUGGUCACUCAGCCGACUACCAACUCACGCCCGAGCUUCUGGCUGCCGCAGAAGACGUCCUCGAGCGCGAGAUCGCCAGUCUCUCGACCAAGCGACCCUUUGAGGACGAUGCACGGGAGUCGGAGCGCGGGACUGCUGGAAUGAGGGCAGAGCGCAAGGUAGCUGGAACGAGGGGAGAGCGCGAGUUGGCUGGGACGAAGCUUGCGGGCAAGAGGUCAUUAGAGACGGAACCUAUGCCCGCUACCAAGCGCAACUACGCGGAGGAUGACGCAGGGGGGAAAGGACGAGAGGCGGACGACCGGGCCCUCGACAGCAGUACAGACCGACAACCAGCCAAGCGGGCGCGGCUCGCGGAGAAUGAAGGGCGAACCCGCGCCGUUCGUUGGUGCAGCUAGCUUCGUCAGCUUCGACACGUAGCUGCUUCGUGGAUUGGCUGGUCAUGUCGAGCUCUUUUGGUGGGCGAUGGCGGGCUCCUUCGGCGGAAUGCGACGCUGAUAGCCGGUCGAGGUGGGAGAAGGACCUAGUCUUGGAUUUGGCUGAGGUGGGAGAGGCCCGAGGUGAUGUGGGCGAGGGAGGAGGAAGAUGCGGCUGCCCAGUUUCGCGAGCAUGUUGAUACGAGCCGGUGCUCAGCUUACGAUUAAGGCGUACAUCUGAUAAUUAUAUACCACGCAUUCCUUACGACCCCUCCUUUGUUGUUUGUGCUUGUAGGAGCCGCCAGUAGUCCAGCGCGUCAACGUGGAGGGGGCUACAUACUUACAUUCGCCCACC